GAAUACAAGCCGGAUAUUGUGUCGUUACAUUGUCACCCUGUGUUGUUCAUGUUGUAGGUCUCAGGGGCCUCAGGGUUACACCCACACUGUCCUUGGGGCUACACAGGCUGCUACACCUCCCGGAGACAAUGGCAGCGUCUUCGGUGACAGUGUUGUGUCCCAAUGGCCGGAGACCUGUGGUGAAGGUGACGCCCAACACCAGCAUCUUGCAGAUAAUUGAAGAUGCAUGCAAGAAAGAAAGCUUUGACCCAGAUCAGUAUAAACUCAAACACCUUCAUCGCAUGUUGGAUGUCAGCAGCACAGUGCGUUAUGCCGGACUUCCUAACAAGUGUCAACUAGAGCUCAUUAAAACUGAUGCCCCACGGACAGCAGAGACUGUUAUUGUUAAUGUGGCUACAGAUUCUGGCCAAAGGCUUAUUCAUGACUUUCCAGCUACAACUACUUUGUGGGAAAUUCUUUCUUACCACGAAGUGAAUGGUAACUCGGGACCUCUCCUUCCCCCUGGUGAUGGUGACCGGGAGCCCGUCAUUGUGUAUACAAUGAGAAGAAUCAGGGGUGAAGAACUGAGAACUACUUCCCUCAAAGCUCUUGGAAUUCUCAGUGGGAAGUGCAUGCUUAGGUAUAGCAUCCAGUCAGCACACUCAAAUAGUCAAGCCCACGUGUCCGCUCCAUUGUCAAAACCGAAGGCUUCUCAAGAAAUUGAAGAACCUGCAUCACAAGAUGGGAAUAUUAGUGCACAACCUUGCCACCAAAGAGAGCCUCAGCCAGUUGCCAAGGCUCCAGAGCCACACGAGGUCCAUGUCCAUCAUGAACGUCUAGAACAUAAUCUACAAGAUCAACCCAGGCAUCAUGCUGUCGACGUUGUCCCUGAACUGAGUCUAGAUUUAGUGUCCUCCAGCCACAGUAUAGUUCCAGAUGUAAUUCAGUCUCAGAAGAAUUUGCCACAGCCUGAUAUUACAGAAGUGAGUGAGCCGAUGGAAUCCCCAGCGCCAAUGGAUCUUCUUGAAGGACAGUGUGCUCCAAUGUCAGGAAGCAACCCUGCAGACCACGAGCCCUCGUCAAUGUUGACGGAGGAGACAGUAAUUAAGCUUGGUUCCCAUGAUGCCAUCCUCUUCAGUAUGGGUGAUGCUCCUCCAACUCAUGUUCAAGAAGAAGAUGAAACCUUUUUUGAAUUAUCUGUUAAUGAGGUGAAGAAUUUAUACCAAGAGCAACAGAAAAUCAUGCAGGCCUUGGCAGAAGCACCCAUCAUGACUCAGCAGAUGCGAGAGAUGGAGAAAAAUGCUAAAAUCCUCUCUGCUCUCAACAAAUAUCCGGUCACCCAGUUACGAAUACACUUUCCUGACGAUCACGUCAUUCAGGCAUCAUUCAAGUCGGCUGAAACUGUUGCCAAUGUAAUGGACUUCCUCAGGCCAUUUCUAGUUGAUCCUACAGCAAAAUUUAAUCUACAUACCAGACAUCCUCCACGCAUCCUGUCGACAGACUUGACACUUGUUGCUGCUGAGUGUGUUCCUAAUGCUCGCAUAUAUUUUGGAUCUACAAGUGGAGGACCACCUUACUUGAACAGUGAUACAUUAGCAAAGAAGUCAUCAUUCAGUGGGGCCUAUGGUAGCCUGGCACCAAGGAAGCAACGUCGACAAAUUACCGCUGCAACCUCCUCUGGAUGUUCGGUUUCUGCAAAUUCAAGUAAAGUGUCUACAGCCACAGAGAGGGAGAAUGAAGAAAGUCAUUACAGUAAGAGGACAAACGCAAGUAACCGAAACACUGGCGCUGUACCUAAACUUCCGAAGUGGUUCAAGAAGGUGCAAAAGUGAUACUGUAUUAAGCCUUAAACAUUGUUAUACUGUAGAUUACCACUAUGAAAUAUUUAUCCAUACAAGCAUGUACAGCAUAUUGCUUUCUCCUUUCAUGUUACAUGUUCAUAAGCAAGGAAUUUGAUAUUGGGAAUUUUUAACAAGCUUUUUUUUUUUUUUUUGUUUCUUAAAGAAAUAAACUGAAGUCAAACUGCCAA